GCAAGUUCGCUAAUUUAGCCAGACUGGGAUUCGCUCGUUGAAGAGGAUGUUGAAGAUGGAACUCGUUGAGGAGCUCUUAGAGGAAAGAAAAACUGGUGAACAAAAGGACAAGCAACUGGCGAAGCUAAAAAUCACAAUUGAGGAGUUGGAUAAACUUCGCCAGGAGGAAGACGAGAUAAAUAACAAACUGGAAGAGGAGAUGGACAAACAGCAACUAUUGCACGAACAGUUGGAAGCUAACAAGAUUUUAACAAAGCAGCUAGAGAAGAUUGCCUUGGAGAAUAGGUGCAGCAUAUGCCUGUUUCCUUGGGAAGCGAAUAACUAUCACCGCCUGGUUUCGCUCAAAUGUGGUCACCUUUUUGGGGAAAUGUGCAUCCGAACCCACUUGCAGCAGUCGAAUAUUUGCCCUAUAUGCAGAAAAAUAGCUGUUGGAAGAGACGUCCGGCGUGUGUUAUUAAACCACACCCCAUAAAAAUCUGAUAUUUAAAAAUUAUUUCUUAUAAUCAUUAAAGAUUUUCAUACCUCUUA